AUGCCGUUAAAUUUUAGCAUGGUUUCCGAUUUCUUUUACCCAAACAUGGGCGGAGUGGAAAGUCACAUCUAUCAAUUAGCGCAGUGCCUUAUACAGAGAGGACAUAAGGUGAAUUCUUAUAUUGUUUAACCAGAUUUUGCGACUGCUUAGCUAAACUACAAAGUACAGGGGUUCUCAGAAUUCUUAAUUUAAAGACGUUUUUUGUUUUGCUAGUGGCCAAAUAAAACGAGCCUUGAGAAGCGCGAAACUCAGCUCCUGGCUUUUUUCUUGUCCUGUUGAUCAGAUAGGUUACCUUAAAUCCUUAUAAAUUAUCCACCUAUCCUAAGGGGUUGCUUUAAAGUGGCAGGGUAUUCUGCAGUUAAGUCCUCAUUAAUCAAGUUCCUGUUAAAUCAGAUAAACUUUACUACGACAGUAAAACACCCUGGCUAAUGUUUUGGUUCCCAGGUUGUUGUGGUCACACAUUCUUAUGACAAGAGAAGUGGAGUUCGUUAUUUAACCAACUAUCUCAAGGUACAUAUAAGAAUGAUUAUAUUAAAAAAAAGAUACAACCUUUCCCAUGUGUGGUCUCCCUGGCAGCUGUUUUUUGGAUGUCAUGCAAUGCUGCCCCAAAAGAACUGUUCUUUUGGGGGAGCAUUGUGUGACAUCUAAAAAACGGCUGCCAGGGAGACUAUCCUAUGUGUGACUUUAAUUAGAAUCGUAAGGCUGGGAUAACAACAGAGAGAGAAGGGUGUGGCGGAGGGGGAAGGGGGAGGGGACAAACUACAAAACACUCUCUGGGGAAGAAUAGAUAUUUUCUUGAUCUGCAACCACAAUGGUAAAGACUUACUGAGAUGCUGACACACCUUGUUUAAAAAUCUAAGAUAGUGUUUAGCGGUUUCCUUUCAGGCGUAUUUUGGAGCGCGAUCCAUGAUUUGAUUUCAGGAUUGACGUUGUCCCGCCGUUUUGGACGUUAAUACUACCAGAGAGCUGGGAUGAGUCAAAAACUGAUUUUAAGGGAGAGUUUGACGCACGCCCCUCCUCCCUUUGUCUUUUCCUUUGCUUUUCAUCAUUUUAGUCAUGUGAUGCAUACAAUCCCAAAAAACAGGGAUAACUCCUGCAACUGCAAACCAAUAUUGCCAAAUCAUACAAAAGUCAUUUUGGUGAGCAUUCAUAACAACUUGCAUUUUAGAGCAUCCAAUUUUCAAAAUUUCUAGUCGUCCCUAGAAGUUCAUGCCUCCUGUACUCAACUUUUCUCACGUGUGGCACCAAUGGUGAAAGCCCGUCAGCUGAAUCCCUACAUCUGGUAAUUCUACAAUAUAAAUGCUACCAAAAACCCUGUGCGUUUUAUGCUUGGGAGAUAAACUGCAGAAGGUUUUCAGUAGCAUUUACAAGAUUAGGAUUGUUUCUUUGAGACCUUCCAGUUAUCUACAGCAGCUACAACUCCCUGCCCCUUUCAUUUAGGAAGUUAUAUUCAUGGGCCAGGCCUGUGCUACUUGUGGAGUAUGUGGUGAAAAUUAAGCCCAGUCUGCCCUCCCUCUGGGGGCCUGUUUACAGACUCAGUAUUCAUAACAACUUUAUUUGCUGUAUUUAAGGUUUAUUAUCUUCCCUUUGGUACUUUUCAUAACCAAUGUGCAUUACCGACCCUCUAUACAACACUGCCAUUAAUGAGAUGUAUAUUUCUUCGGGAGAAGAUUACAAUAGUACAUGGACACUCAGUAAGUCUUCAAAUGAUCAUUAUUAUUUUUUGUUGAUGUUUUUUUGUUAAUAAUGAGAGCCCCUUGUGACAUACAUUGUAUCAUUGAUAAACUGCAAGAUUCUCCAUUGCUUUGUCUGCAUUUGUAAAUUACAGGGAGAAUUUCACAUUUGAUUUGAUCAAGAAUCACUAAGGGCCUUAUUCAUCUGUUACUUAGUAUAUGUAUCUUAAUAGGGAUCAACAUGAGCAUUGCUCAUUCGAUUUUUUGUGGGAAAAGAACAGAACCUGUACAUAAUAAAUGAAACUGAUCUGGUAUAUGUCAUCAUUUAUUAUUGACUGAUCAGAUAGUUCAAAAGCAAAAUUAGUAUAAAUAACCUACAAUUGUAGUAUAGAAAAAUUAUUCCUUUUAUAGCCUGUAACCAUGGUUAGGUUGCAAUCUGUUUCCUCUGUUUUGUUAGUUGCGAGGCUACUCAAAGCUAUCAUGAUCAUACAUUGCAGGCCAGAACUAAGUGAAUAAAAAAUAUAUGCAUAAUGCACAAUGUACGCAUUUGGAAAUAUACGUACAUGUGUCAGGCUGGAUGCAUAGAUGAGUCUGAGCUGAUGCACAUGCAUGUCUCAGGUCUAAUGUGUCAGUUAAAAACCAAGCACUGAUGCAUUAUGAUAUAAAACUAAUGUACUUGCUUUGCAUCUGCAUUGUUCACUUACCAGUAAUAAUUCUUGUCUGCAGGGUAAAGAGCUUUUAAACAACAGAAUUAACUCAUUCAAGCAUGUUGGUUUACUUUGAUGAAUUGAUUGAUCAAUUCAUCAAAGUAAACCAACAGUUAAUUAAUGAUCAUUAAUUUUAAGUCUCGUACAUUCAGUGUUAAAGCUUCUCUUUGACUGGUGGCACUUUGGAAUUUUGCCCCAAAACCGGUCAUUGACAAGUAGAACCUACAUGAACAGUUAUAAAGUAAUAUGGAUUUUUGGGAUAAAAGGAUUUUACCCCUGUUUGCCUUUGGUUUUUUUGGGAUAAAAAUUCUUUUUGCAAGUAACUUACUUGUACAUGUACAUGUAUCUGCCAUUCAUUGUUUUCACUUCUUUUCAAGGCGUUUUCUACUUUAUGUCAUGAUGCACUUCUUCAUGCUCGCACUAUGGGACUCCAUACUCUGUUCACAGACCAUUCUCUCUUUGGCUUUGCUGAUGCAAGUUCCAUCAUUACCAACAAAUUUUUACAGUUUUCACUGGCAGACAUUGAUCAUGUGAUAUGCGUCUCACAUACAAGGUUUGUAAUUCAUGGAAUUUCGCUGUGCAUUUGAGAGGAAGAGGCUGUACCUCUGGCAGGGUGUACAUGUACCCUUCAAUUGGGUGUGGUUUUAGACUUUGCAUUCUGACAGUAAAGUUUGCCAGGACUUGAAAAAAGUCCUGUCUGUCCUGUCUGGGUAUCCAAGUAGAUUUUCUUGUUGGCAAUUAACUUUUAAUCCUCAUUUGCUCAAACAGCAGACCAUCCAGGUUCAGGCAAGUUACAUGUAACUUCUAGCUAAAUCAUAAACUGUGACAAGAGUAGAAAGUAAAAUUUGUAUGCUUGUUGUCCUAAGAACAAACUUAAAUUCAAAGUUUCUUCAAGCUCAAAUUUUACUCUUUUGAAAUGCAAUGAAAGGGUUAUCACCUUCCAUGACGAAAGCUGCUAGACACUAAAAUCUAACAAUCUAUCACUAAAUGCUCAGAAUGGCAGUUUUCUCAAUCUUUUUGUGGUGAAUUAUUUGCUUUACCAGCUUGCUAAAAUACAAUGUUUGGACACGGCAAAUGGGUGUCGUGUAAAUAAAAUAAUGUAUUGUUUUUUCUGUAAUUUGGUUGCCUUUGUUUAGUAAAGAGAACACAGUGCUUCGUGCUUCUAUGAAUCCUCGUAUGGUGUCAGUAAUUCCUAAUGCUGUUGAUGCUGAUGUAUUUACUCCUGAUACUUCAAAGAAAACCAAAGGAAAAAGUGAGUUUUAUUGCAAUUGUUAUUAUGCCUGCAAUGCAAGUGUAAUAUCCAAUUACUUAGGCAUGAUGCAUUGUGUCCUAUUAGUACAUGUACGCUGUCCGGACGCUGUCUGAAAUCAAGAAUUUUUUUAAUAAUACCAAAGUUUAAAUUACAGGGAUAAUAAUAUGCAUUUACAUUUACAAUAAUUUUGAUUGCUGCCUAACUUUAUAUUCAAAACUUCAACCAAAAAGACACAUCAACCAGCUUUAUCUUAUGCAACUGACAAGUUACUCUAGUUUCAAGACUUCAUUAAAAAAAUACUUUAUUGAGAGAGCUAUAAAUUAAAAUCACCCGACCAUGAUAUGGCAGCUUACAUUAAAUCAUAAUUUAGUAUGAGGAGCCCAAUUUUUCAAGCUAUUUAGCUUCUAUUGGGCUUCCUUGUCACUUGAUCUAUUACAUAGUUAAGUCUGUUAAUGUUACAUUUAAUUUUGAACUAUGUUUGUAGUUUUUCCUGUCCUGUAAAUUUGCAUCUUAGGAAUAUUUUUAUUUCCUUUUUCUUUCUGUAAUAUUUAUUCUAUGUGGCAAAUGUAAAAUACAUAAAUAAAAUAAAUUAUAGGGGUCAGUCAGCCAAAUCUAAUAUACUUUUAUUUGUAAUAACAUCUAUUACAAUUUAAACAAGUGUAAAAUAACUACAAAUUUACAGUGCCAUAGUCAAAGGUUAACAUUAAAACUGCUUUAAUUUGUUUUAGUUACCAUUGUUGUUGUCAGUCGACUGGUUUACAGAAAGGGUAUGGAUCUAUUAGCAGGGAUAUUGCCUGUUAUGUGUUCCAACCACUCAGAUGUGCAGUUUAUCAUCGGUGAGUUUCCAAGAAGUCAUUUUGGAGUGGCAAAUGGUGUCUAGAUGGUGAUGGAUCAGUGUGAUGAGAAGAUUGUUGGGACAGGGCAAAAGAUAAUUAUGUGAGCAGGAAAAACAGUGAAGGGGCAGGUCAAAGUUUUCUUUCCUGCUCUUCCUCCUUAUUAUUAUUUUUGUUUGCCAUUCCAUCUGAAUUUGCACCACACUCCACUAUCUGAAUGCCUGUAACAGGCUACUAAGUGAUCAGAUACUACAGUUUCCCUCAAAAAUUAACUUUUCAAAUUCAAGCAGGAAUGGCAGACCAGUAUGUAAAAGUACUACCUGAAAAUCAUUGUAUAUUUAUUUAUUUAUUUAUUUCAAUACCUCAUCUGUGGUAUUUGAGUUCUCAUGGGACACCAGACAUGAUGUUCUGUUUGGUUCUAUUGUUUCUUACCUGUUACAUAAACAUUUACUGUAUGAUUUUCAGUAAUUAUAAUUUCUUUGUUAUUGUUUAGGUGGUGAUGGCCCAAAACGCACUCUCCUUGAAGAUGUUUGUGAGCAAUGUAAACUUCAAGACAGAGUAGAGUUUUUAGGCAAGUUGGAACAUGAAAAAGUUAGAGAUGUGAGUGUACCUUACGGUAAUCAUGUUGAAAUUUUACACUGCCAUAAUAUUGAUUGCAAAACAUCACUCGCAAAUAGGUAAUAGUAUUGUCACCAUCUGCGAACAAUUCCUAUACUACAAAUUAGAUACGGGAGACCCAGUCCAAGGCAUUGAGAAAGGGGAACUUCUAGCAGGGCUGCAAAUAUCAGUCUUUCAUCGGACAUUGGCCGACCAAAAUUUGCUAGUGUCUNAGUUUAUCAUCGGUGAGUUUCCAAGAAGUCAUUUUGGAGUGGCAAAUGGUGUCUAGAUGGUGAUGGAUCAGUGUGAUGAGAAGAUUGUUGGGACAGGGCAAAAGAUAAUUAUGUGAGCAGGAAAAACAGUGAAGGGGCAGGUCAAAGUUUUCUUUCCUGCUCUUCCUCCUUAUUAUUAUUUUUGUUUGCCAUUCCAUCUGAAUUUGCACCACACUCCACUAUCUGAAUGCCUGUAACAGGCUACUAAGUGAUCAGAUACUACAGUUUCCCUCAAAAAUUAACUUUUCAAAUUCAAGCAGGAAUGGCAGACCAGUAUGUAAAAGUACUACCUGAAAAUCAUUGUAUAUUUAUUUAUUUAUUUAUUUCAAUACCUCAUCUGUGGUAUUUGAGUUCUCAUGGGACACCAGACAUGAUGUUCUGUUUGGUUCUAUUGUUUCUUACCUGUUACAUAAACAUUUACUGUAUGAUUUUCAGUAAUUAUAAUUUCUUUGUUAUUGUUUAGGUGGUGAUGGCCCAAAACGCACUCUCCUUGAAGAUGUUUGUGAGCAAUGUAAACUUCAAGACAGAGUAGAGUUUUUAGGCAAGUUGGAACAUGAAAAAGUUAGAGAUGUGAGUGUACCUUACGGUAAUCAUGUUGAAAUUUUACACUGCCAUAAUAUUGAUUGCAAAACAUCACUCGCAAAUAGGUAAUAGUAUUCUCACCAUCUGCGAACAAUUCCUAUACUACAAAUUAGAUACGGGAGACCCAGUCCAAGGCAUUGAGAAAGGGGAACUUCUAGCAGGGCUGCAAAUAUCAGUCUUUCAUCGGACAUUGGCCGACCAAAAUUUGCUAGUGUCUGACGAAAUCUCACCAGCGUUCGGAUAUUAUGAGUGGAGAAUUGAAAACAUGUUGUCGCUCAAAUAAUUAAUUCUGUAGAUGACUUUGGAGCUGUUGUUUUUAUCUUGUAUAUCCACAGACCUUGUAAGUAUUGUCUUUAUUUUUGGUUCUAUCCUUUUGGCACCUUUAAAUACCUUUCUCGUGUAUUUGUUUAUGUAUCUGUUUAGUUUUCACUGAACGAACCAUCAUGUUGUGUCGUGAUAGCGGGUUACAUUAUUGACAAACUACGUCGUGUAUACUAAUAUCUAUUGGUUGCAGUUUGCUACCAUUCUGUUUUAACCCAAUCGAAAUGUCUGUGCUUUAAUUGUCCUCUACCAGUCUAGAUUAUCUUUAACAGAAAUUCUGACAGCAAUAUAAUAAUGUUUUUCUAGGUUCUUGUCCAAGGUGACAUCUUUCUUAACACUUCACUCACAGAAGCGUUCUGUAUUGCCAUUGUUGAAGCAGCUAGUUGCGGGUCAGUAACAGUGUCUGUCAAUUUUCAAGUACUGUACUCAGUGCCAUUGUGCUUGAUAAGUUUGUUGUUAAAUAGUUGGAAUGCCUGUUUACUCUCCUACAGCUGUACUUUCGAUUUGAUGUGGUGGCUGGGAUGUCUGUUUACUCGCUCAUCUUUCAUUUGAUAGGGCAAGUGGGAUGCCUUUUUUCUAACUUUUCGUCUUUGUCCCUGGAAUUUUAUGCAGUCUUCAGGUUGUCAGCACCAGAGUGGGUGGGGUCCCUGAGGUUUUACCUAGCGACAUGAUCAAAAUGGCGGAACCAAGUGUUAAAUGUAAGUUAGGGCGAUAGUUAUAGAAGUAUUAUUUUAUCUGUUAAAUCCCUUUACAUAAAACACGCUAGUGUACAAUACUCUUAAAUGUCAGAUUCUGUUUAAGCACUUGCCACUCGGAGCUAAUGGUUUCAUGAUUAUAGCGUCCGCUUCCCGUAUUUAUGACAUACAGAGCCAUUAUCACGCAUUUCGCCUGUUUUCGCGGAUUGUCUAGACUCUCAACAUUGGUAAUUUUCUUAAUCAAACUGUCUCUUGUAUUUUUUCAAACAAGGUAAUCUUCAGAAAUCAUUUCGCACAGACACAUGGAAACCCUUGUGCUCACCAUUAUUCUAUCAAACGACAAUGCGUUGAAUCAAACUCUUUCCAAAGUUCAAAUAAUAAUGCGUCUCCAUAAUAAAACGUCCAUAGUAUUUAGAAUUACCUGUUUCUUCUGGCGUGGAGAUUGACCCUUCAGCGCCUGUAUCUAAAUAUUAGAUAUUUAUUAUUUACAGAUCCCUGUUUUGUUUAGCUUGGAAUGGAAAAAGCGAUCUCCCAGUCCUAAAAACUUAUCAUGCAAUGCUACACACAUUGACGGGUGAGGAUUUUUCACUUUUUAUGUAUCAAAUAUUUCAGCUCUUUUAGUGGCGUUGGAAAGCGCUGUUCAAGACGCGCGUGACAACAGAGUGGUUCCAGCCGAUGAGGCGCAUGAACGCAUAAGAACCAUGUAUACGUGGCAGAACGUGGCCAGGCGUACGGAAGUAGUAAGUGACACAUUGCACGCGUUGUAA